UUUAGCUCGACGAUGGGAGCAGAGCAAACUAACUGGAAUUAACACCACAGUAUUUGAUUUUACCACCAGGUGUCGGCCUUUCCUUUGGACACCUGACAAAGAGGGGUAUUUUCUUAAAAUGACUUUUGUUCUCACCUUGUCUUACACACUCACACACACACCUUUUGUCACACUGAUGACCGUCUCCCUCCCACCCUCAAAUGCAGCUCAGAGUCAGUAUGUGAAGGCGACUGAAAUCAGUCUGUCAGGAUCUUCUCUGGUCUCUGUACUGAUCAUGGAUUUUUCUGUCUACCUCCUGACUCUGCUUUCUGUCUUCUCUCAGUGCACAGCUCAGUGGUGUUACCAGAGCCAGUACUCCUGUGAUGACACAUGCAGAGACCCCAGCCACUGGGCAGCUCAGUUUCCCAGCUGUGGAGGAUUACGGCAAUCACCAAUUAAUAUUGUCACCAACAAAGUGCACGUUAACAGCGCCCUGCCGCCCUUCAUCUUCAUCGGUCACGCCAACACCAUCAACAUUACAGUGGAAAACAAAGGACACUCUGCUCACUUUAUCCUACCUCAGCUGGUGCGACUGACAGGAGGAGCUCUGCCUGGUCACUACAGAGCCGCCCAGUUUCACUUCCACUGGGGAGGUAAUGGGAGGCCAGGAUCAGAACACACCAUCGACGGAGAGAGGUUCCCCAUGGAGCUCCAUAUAGUCCACAUCAAGGAGCCAUACGGCUCCCUGGCAGAGGCAGAACAUGAUAUGGCGGGUAUAGCUCUGCUUGCCUUCCUGUUUGAGGAAACAAGUGAUGAUCAUCCCCAUUUGGAUGCAGUAAUAGCUGCUUUGGGCCGAGUACAAAACAAUGGCAGUAGGACAGUGAUCCCAAACUUUCGACUCAGUGACAUUAUCCCAUCGGCGAAGGAUCUCCACAGUUACUAUCGCUAUGUGGGCUCCAUGACAACUCCAGGAUGUGAACAGGCAGUUGCUUGGACGGUGUUUCACAGGACCCUGUCCAUCAGCAGUCGACAGCUGGAUGCAAUAGUGAAACAGUGUCGAUUCUGGACAGGACAGCCCAUGACUGACAUCUUCAGACCGACGCAGCCUCUGGAUGGCAGAGUUGUGUACCGGUCCAAGGCGAGUGCACCUCUGUCGAGUGUGGUCCACUUGUGGUUCGGCGUCCUGUCAGUCGGGCUCGGGACAACGGGUCUGAUUCUCUGACUCAGCAUGUGAAAGCACCCGAUUUAAGUAACAAAAGCUACUGUAUGUAUAAAGGCAACUUUUUGUGUGUGUGAUGAUCAAACGACAAACUUUGUGCUAAUGAUUAUUCACUAAAGAAAAUGUCAGCUUCAUUUGCACAUAAACUAUGACGCGCUACAUUCUGUUAAAUGACUGCUGUGGCAGUGAGAGAA